AUGGUCUCAAAGAAACCAACAAAGGUAAUCAUGUUUCCUUUCCGGUUAGCAUUCGACGUCAUAUGUAACAAUGGUUACCAGCCUAGGCCACUUCACACAGUACUAAGACUUAUAAUUAGAGAACUCUUUUUUCUGUUCCGACGAAUGUUUCUUUAGGGCAUUCUUUCGUUGAACUGAAUGCCGUCGUUUUAGAUUCGGUAUACAGUUUAGCUCCAGUGACUAGCUAUCAAACUUGUGCCCUUUAGUAUUUUGUCGCCUCUCAUUCGCAUUACGUAAGGCCGAACUGAUUUACUUUACACUUCAUCCUCCGACAGGUAUUUCAGGACGCAGUACACGGUCUUAUUGAAGUGGAGCCGUUGAUGCUCAAGGUGAUUGAUACAGCUGAAUUCCAACGCCUCCGUAAUAUAAAACAACUGGGUCCCGUUGUCUUCGUUUUUCCUACUUGCACCCACACUAGAUUCGAACAUUCCUUAGGUACUUAUCAUCUGAUCAGCCGAUUGCUUCGGGCCAUACAAGCUGAUGUACCUUGUGAGGCUGUUCGUUUGACUGAAGCGGAAUGUACAGCGGUAAAACUUGCUGCAUUAUGUCAUGACCUAGGUAAGGCUGUUAUGUCAUGUGGCCCUCACGUUUUGUCUGUAUGCCUAUGUAUUUACUUGCUCAUGUUUUGUUAAUGUUAAUGUUAAUCGGAUAGCUCCGAUGAUGCCGUGGGUGGUAGCUCUGUACGCGCAACGAUGAAUGGGUUGAUCAUCGAAACGACGAGGUCUGCCAUUGUCCCAUGAGGCGGCUCCGCAAUGAUUCGCUCAUGGAUUUGUUCACAAUGAGGCACACUUGCGGGUGCCUAUCUCACUAUAUUGUCUCACUCCACCCACCGUUUUCAUAUGGUAAAACAACAUCAAGCGGACCAGCCCGUUUGGACAUACCAAAGAUGAAGUGGUCUCUGACUUCACACGUGUAAGGCCUCGUUCAGGAGGGAGUGGGUGAAGCUCGGAUAUCACGUAAAUGGGUGUCAUAAAGGCCGCAUUAAGGAAAAGACACUACAGCUUGACCUUUAGCCCUGAGCAGGACCGAGUUACUCCGUCAGCUGGAAACCAAAUCAUGCACAGCAAUCAUUUCUACAAUAACAGCUCUACUCUUUCUUCUCUAGUUACGAAAAGCGAAUAUCGAAAGUCUGUGAGCUAAAUCCAUACUCCCACGAAAUCUUUGGAGCCAGGUUUUGGAUUGACCUCUCCACCGCCUCCAACCCAACUGCGGCGCCGGACUAAGGGCGACAUCGGCAGUGUGGUCGUAGUCGAUCCGGGUUUAAAUUUGGCAUCGUCAGACGCACAUUAGUCCUUCCGAAAACCCACGGAAUAACCAUGUCAAAUAGAAUUAUCGACGGGACACGGCGCCGGACGGAAUAGUAAGUGGAUGUAAAAAGUCAUCUUGGCGCAGUACACACUCGGUGUUGCACUGCCAAUGGACUUUGAUUAUGAAACUCAUUUUUUCGGCAUACGCACUAACUGUUUUUACUACGGGGUUCAUAAUAAAUGGGAUCGAAAUCCGCUGCACAGUCGAAUAAUCAGCCGCCCGGCCUUUGUCGGUAAAGCCAUGGUGGACUUGAAGCUUGUGUCUUGGUGAUAGUCUUUCUGGAGUAUCCACGUUCCGGUGGAAGCCUGGCUUCGCUCCGUCUCUUCUCCUUGUCGCGCCUACUGACGCAAUCUUAAAAUGUCGAUAACAAAGGACGUUGCAGCACUUAUGCCACAGUAGUUCUAAAAGUCAAUUAUACCCCCCUCUCUGCCCUCAGUCUUUGACUCUUCCUGGCGUAUGCUGGUUUUAUGAAUCGGUUUAUUGCGGGCUUCGGAAGUUUACCAUCCCCUCUGAGUGUGUAAGGCUAAGAGUAAACGUCUAUCGUCUAUGCGUGUCCAUAAGCAUGUAUGUAAUUUUCCAACUGUUACUUUUGAUGGAUAACACUAAUCAAUAAUGUGCUUAUAAUAAUCUCCCCAGGACGUAGUCGUUUGGUGUUUGCCAAAGCCUUUUUGCCGCUCUGUGAAACGUUAUAGGUCACGGGCCGUUUUCCCACCUCUGGGAGUACUUCAUGAGGAGCGGUGGCCCAAAGUACCGCGUUGCCACUGUAAGUUGAUUACAUUACCUUCUGCCUAACUUCCUCAUUUUUCGAAGAAUUAUCGUCAUAUGCGGACGUAUAAUAAACUAUCUUGAACGAUCGAAGGCUCCAUCCAGAUGGUGUCAAGUGCAUUUUUUCGACUGGACGCGAGCCGUCUCGUACCCGCAAGAUUUAUAGGUCGCUAAGAAUUGCUAUGUCGCUCAUACUGCAGCUGAUUUUUUGCCAAUUUACACGUUGAGUUGGGAGCUUUUAAGUGGUAUUGCAGUCAUAUUUUUAGUUAGCACCCUAAAAUUUCGGUUGCACGCCUUAGUAAUACGGAGAAGUUAGUAUGUUUGUUGUAAACUGCAUGCGCCUACUUACAUAAUUUAGUAGUUUGGUUUGUGGAAACUCCGACGCGCUGAUCGCUACACGAUGGCGCCCGGACUGUUUAAUCUAGUAAUCUUGUUAGUUACUGCCCUUUUACCUUUAAACUGUCAUAUAUGACGUUGCGCUUGUUUGCUUUACUUGUUUCUAUGGUAGCAGCACUGCGGGUUUAACCGACCCCGUAGUCAACUGCUUCAGUUCCGAGUGCUCAUGAAAAUCUGUGCGGACAAUGCGGGUGAAGUCCUCGAUUCCCAUGCCUGUGGUUGGGGCCCUAAUCUGUAGGACGAUGGCAAGUGAGACCCUAUUUGAUGGCGACUGACUUUCGUCAGGUUAUAAUAACGUUUCAGAUGAUGACCUUGUCAUAACUAUAACCGGUUUCCCGGGCUAGUGCCGGGCGACGGUUGCGGAUUUUGCAGCUGCAUAGUCCGCGAUUGACUGUUCGUCAGACCCAAUAUCUUGCCCGUUUCACAACUAGCCUUCUAUGAGGGCCGUUCCACUACCAACCGCCUCUGGACGUGUCGCGUUGCCUGCAGGCCGCGUCUUUCUGGGUCUCGCGUCCUCCCCCUACAUAGAUCUGUCGUGAAUAGUUGACACAUGGGACCUGGUUUUGGGGUACUUGCUUGGCCUGUGACAAGAUUAUGCCUCAAUAUGUUCUAAUGUAGGCCCAUAAACGAAAUUUUUUUGAAAUAUUUUCCACAGUGAACUGCGGCCCCGCAUGGUUGUUUGACAUCAGUUACUUUGUUGAGAAAGCCUUUGAUGAGGAAAAUUUGCUGGGACCUAGUGUCCCACCUCUACUGCGUUUUUCACUUUUAGUUCUUGCAUGUGUCUGUUCAAUGCUUUCUUUCCCCUCCUGAAUUGUAGCAUCCUGUACGAUACUAGAAGGCUUGAUGAGGCAAUUGUGGCCUUGUUCAACAUUGAAAUGCUUUCCUUAUGCACCCAUUAUAUUCGCACACUUGUGCCUUUUAGCACGAAAAAUUGAGUGGCCGAAUUCUUCGGCGGAUUGUUGAACAAAAUCCAGACGUGGCCGCUAGCAUAUCUGAGGCAGCCGUUGAUUUGGACCUAGUCUGCGCCUUGAUAGAGGGCAGGCCAUCUGAGGAGCAGUUGGUUAGUGACGCUUUUUUGCCUUGACGUAAAAUUUCUCCCAUGGAUAACUCCUCGUUUAUAGCUGUGUGGCUCAACUUACAUGUGAUGGCUUGGUUCGCUAUAGUGGCUUUCACGUUUGGAACUGUCGUAGUUACUCAUGCGAUCAUUCUUCAUGGCUUAUGCCAGACAAACGGCUAUCCCCUCCCUCACUCACCUGAACCCGGUGUCAGGACUGACUUAAGGAGACCGGAAGUGGGAUUGGGCGCAGUGGCUGACAGAGCUAAUCAGUCCGUCUGUGCCUCCCACACACACUUGGUGCGCGCACGAUUGGCUAUAUAUCCACAGAACCAACAAAUGGUCGGCUGGGAUCCCAGCUGAACGGGAGUGCCAUGGAGACUACGUUAAGGGGGAACCAUUGCGGCCUAACUCUCCGCUCUGAAAAGAGGAUCGAGUUAUCUCGUCGGUUGACAUUCUUCCAAGUCGCGGCUUUUAGCGCACCGUGAUAGCCUAAAGGCACGUCAGAUAGUUUAUAGUGAGGAAUACGCUCUGAGUUCCGUGGGACGCAGCACCCACAGCCGGCUUGCGGAAACCUUACUGGUUUUUAAGCAGGCGCCCAGGCAGAGGUGGGUCCUCGGGAGUCUGGAGGACCUCUAGCAGUAAAAGUGACUACGUCAACUUCAUCUAUCAUACCGGAUAUAUAAGCCAGCGUCCAUGCCACUAUCAGAAUGCUGGGUUCAUCCCUUUCACUGCUUGCUGCAGCAUAAAUUAGUUCACAUUUUGUCUUUGAGAUAGGGGACCCAAGUAUAAUGUGUUCCGUCUUAAGGUUUAAACGCUUAGAUUAGGGGUUUAUGUAGUAAGGCACUAUCAAAGCAUGUUAUGUCAGGCACUUGCAAGCAUGACCAGCGUGUACGGUCUAUGUGUGGGCCUCAACUAACAAUCAAUCCAGGCAAAGCUAGCCCAUGACAUUGUCCGCAUGCUGAUCGGCAUCAGUUCACCUCGGUGAGUGGUUAGUUUUGGGCUGCCGGCAGACUGAAGACAGCGCUGCUGGUUGGCGUCUAGUUAAGCGCUCCUUGGACGCGUUGGGGACACGUGUAUAAACUUUUAAUACUGCAAAGCAAUUGAAAAGAUCCGAAGCAGCAUGUAACGGUGUUCUUAGUUAAAUUCUCCAAAGUUUUCUGAAGGAUCUAUCGGUAGGUCGUGAUUGAACAGGAACAAACGCGAGAGGCAUAAUUUUCUAGACAGUAUAAAGACUUUUGCCUAAAGGACGUCAGGACAUCUCGACUUCGAUAGGCAGGCAAUUCCGAAAAUCUGUUGCGAAUCUCCAUUCUUUUCUACCACGACUAAAGUUCAUACUCGCCAACUACCCACACCAAGUAGUAACGAUUUUAUUGGGCUUAGUAGUGCGUUACCUGGGAAAGUUUUCUAGUUUUAAUGAACCUAAAAAUAACUAACUCUGCUCUGAAUGGAUUCAGGAUUCUCCAACAGAUGUUUCUGAGGGAGGGGGAGGGACUUUCAGGGUUUUGGGAAUUCUAGGUUUCAGUAGUAAAGGUUUAAUUUGGCCUUUUUUGACGUAGACAAGCUACCACACUUUUCACUAACACCCGGGGCAUCCGCAUGACUAAAUUAGCGUGUUUAUUCGGAGGGCAGAGCGUUUUUAGCAAGGCAGUUGUCAGCCGUGGCUAGGUAGUUGACUGGCGGACAGCUCAAACGCGAACACCAACCUAAGUAGAAUGAGGAAUGACGAAGGCUUUUUAGCUAGCUUAUAAAUAAAUAGGGAGUUUAGCGCUCGAAGUAUUCAUACUUUUAAGACGAAAAAUUGGCUGGUGCCGCUUCGUUAUCUAGCUAUCUUCAUGUUUGUUUUACUGUCUACAGUGUUACAUGCCACAUCAUCAUCCUUCUCCGGUGAAAUCUUAGCCAUCAUCCUCGCUUCCGAGCAAGAUGUCGGCCACGGGAAUAUGGUUCCCCCGUACUACAGGUGGCCUCGCGUUAACUUGUAUUGGGAUGCCUUUGCCCGCGUCCUAAUUUUAGUUUCAACACUAAUCUUAACUCUAGCCUUCUCAUUCCUGGCCCCAACCCUAACCCUCCUAACUCUUAUUCCUCGGAAAUUUAGGGCAAGGCCGCCUGUAGUACUGGGAGGUCCAUAUUCCCGUGCCAAACCUAUGAAGGUGUACCAAGGUCUAGCUUCACCCCGAUGUUUAUCGAAUUUAUCUCGGAGCGUCUGAUAGUCUGUGAGUUUGGGACGCUCUGUUUAUCACCAUAUGCUUCUUUUACUAUCUUAGUGGGGUAUUCGGGAUCGAUUUUGGCCAUUACAGCUGCAGUGUAUGCAGGUAUCUUUUGUGAGCGUAGUACAGGGUAGUCUCGACUUGUGCUAACUCUCCCCACCAUCCCAGAUGUGCUGACGAGCAGCUUUGAUCGCCUUGCCGUAACACUACACAGUUGGGGAAGCUUGACAACUUAAUGGCCACUGUCUAGGACGCUCGAAACUGACCCAUUUGUGUCCUAACUAAAGUCAACAGAUUAAUAUUUGCUUAUCCUUUUUGGGAGAGACCCUGUUCUUUGACAUAUAUGCAUAAAUACGGUAGGUAUGCUAACUCGUGUAAUGUCAUUAUUUAACACAAGAACCUCCUUAUAACGCAAAAGCCGCCAAAACUGCUUUUCCCAAAGUCUUGCAGUAGGGUAAAACGGCCUUCCUUAUAAAGAAGGCAUAGAUUGGUUCAUAAAUUAAUGUUUCCUAACGUAAAAAUCACUGAUGUUCACUAGACUAGAAUUUCAGAAAAUGGCUAUAUUAUAAAUUGUUUAAAUAUGACUAACUAUAAGGAUGCAUAAGGAAGAGUCGCAUGAAAUGGGGAAAAUAAUGAAAGAUAAUAACAGGUACAAAAGAUCAGUACUUUGUUGAUUGUCCGUUUGCACUUAUCGCAGCUGAAAGUCCCCCAGACAUAGAGAUGACCAGGUUUUCUAUAGUGGAUUGCUUCAUGUGAUCAUCUAGCACAAAAUCAAGCUUUUCUGGCGUUGGAAGUUCUUUAUCUGCCCUGUGCAAAUGUCUUUUGAUAAGUGCGAAGAGAUUUUCGAUAGGAUUGAGAUCCGGGCUGUUGGCAGGGCUAAAAUUCGACCGGAGGCUGCGUGUGGAGAGGCUGACUGUUGUCUAAGAAGUCUGCUUACGGUUGAAAGCGUUAUCAGCCUCAUUUCUUUAGAACGAUGGGCAGGGGAUUGUCGUGUAAAAUUAUGGUAUCAAAUCGGCGUCCAUGGAUGUUGUAACCGAAAACAUCCUUCACAUUUUUGACGAAGAUCUUGCUGUUGAUGGUGUCCGUGGUCGACCGCCAGACUAGCCGCUCUCCGAAUUCGAUAGUUAUCCAAACCACUAACCGCCGGCAGUUCUUAAUGGUUGCCGUCGGCGCAGUAUGCUCUUUUGAGAAGUUCUUCCCACAUGACCAUAUGGGUCGAUUUCGUAGACUUGUCUGACAGUAAGACCUCAUCGCGGAAGUAAAUGCUCUUCCAGAAUAAGGAUCGGUAUUCCGUAUAUUUCGUAGUCAAUAAAGGACACUAAUAAGUUUUCCACUUAAAAAGGGCCUGGUCGUGGUCUUUUGUUGAUAAAGUUCAAGUUACGGGUUGGCUAUUCCAUAAACUUCAUCCAUUUACAAAGGAUUGUGAGACUUCAAUCGAGAAUUCUGUUGAAUUCCUAGACAUGAUAAGAGAACUCACUAUUGCUGAAGAUGAGAUAAUGGUGUCGUUCGAUGUCAUCUCUCUAUUCACGUCCAUACCACUCGAUUUGGCAAGGCAGUGCACAGAACUCUUACAAUCCUACGACAUCAAUGUUCCUGCAUCUGCUUUGCUUGAACUCUUAGACCUAUGUCUGGAAACGAACUUCUCGUUCGCACAUGAACAUUAUCGACAGCUGAAAGGAGCUCCUAUGGGGUCACCUAUUUCUGGCUUUCUGGCUGAGGUCACAAUGCAGAAAUUAGAGGCUAUUACCUUACCAUUAUUCAAGCCCAAAUUGUGGGUACGCUACGUAGAUGACACCUUUGUCAUAGUCAAGAGAGAUCAUCUAGAAACGCUGCAUAACGCCAUCAACUCAGCACUACCGUGAAUGACCUUCACGCACGAAAGAGAGGUUAACAGCAAACUCCCAUUUCUUGAUGUCCUCGUACAGCGAAAAACUGACGGGACAUUCCAGACAUCAGUAUACCGCAAAGAAACUUACGCGGAAGUAAUCCUACAUUACGAGAGCAGCCACCCUAUGGCUCACAAACGGAGUGCUGUUAACACCCUACUUAAUCGAGCAAAGACACAUUGCUCUGAGACCGAAGGGUACAAAGAAGAACUCAAUUACCUGUUCAACCUAUUUUCCCAAAACGGCUACCCUAGAGAUUUUGUACGCCGAUGCAUGAAACAGCAGGAAUCAAAAGAAAGAGAGAAGGAACUAGAUUGUUCCGAUCAGACGCCAAAACCAAAACAUUGGCGAACGCUUCCCUACAUUAAAAAUGUGCCUGAACUAGUUGAAAGACACCUUAGGAAGCACGAAAUAUAAGUGGCUCACAAACCGACUACCACGCUACGCAAUCAGCUUGUACACCCUAAGGAUAGGGUUGGCUAUUUGGAUAAAAAAGAAGUAGUCUAUAAGAUUCCACGUGGCACUUGUAAUGCAGUGUAUUGUGGUCAAACCGGAAAAUCCGCCUCUACACGCCUACAUGAACACCAAUUGGCAGUGAAGAGGUGGGACUACUUAUCCCAAGUCGCCAUGCAUACCCUUUAGACGGGGCACAAAUUCGCUUGGGAUAAAACACGCAUUUUCGGUUACUGCUCACAUAAGAAAGGCCGGGAAUUCCAAGAGGCCAUUCACUCUGAUGAUUCAUGCAUCAAUCGACGCAUCGAUCUUGACGCCAUGUACACAAAUCUCAAGGAGAAAUGGAAAAGGUAAUAGCCAAUCAAGACGUGACAUCAGCCCACAGCAUCAACCCAUCCUCAGCCAUGACAGAGCAAUAUCGAUUUUUUGGGCGUGUUUAAAUUUUAACUGUUUCUUCACACUUACUACACAUCUGAAGACGAGCUGGGGAACCAGACUCGAAAAUUUACGAAAUGAAGUUUGUUCAUUUUCCCAAAGGACUCAUUCUUCUUCGAAUUAUGUUUCUUGGGAUGCCCAUCUUCCAGUACAUAUAUAUGUAUAUAUUUGAAGGCACAUAUGUUCUUUGGGAAAAUUAGAAAACUUUAUUAAUUAAAUUUUCGACACCGGUCUCCCAAGUCGUCGUCAGACCUGAGCAAAUGUGUAAAUAGCAAUAAACAUUUCGAACGUGCUGGAAAAUCGAUAUCCAUUUGGGGUUUGCGCCAGUAAGCGGCCGCUGUGUACGUCAUUCGGUACCGAUUUGCUCUCCUCUCUUCCACUUUCCCAGAGAUUUUUGUAAGUGGCAUCUAACUCAGUGUGUCGAUUGAUGCUUAAUUCGUCGUAGGGCAUGGCUUCGGGAAGCUCUCGGCCUUUUUUUAGAGGGGCAGCACCUAACGAUGCGAGUUUUAUCCCAUGCGAAGGUGCGUCCAAUGUCUAGAGUGUGCAUGGCCACGUGGUCUCGUUUUUUAACUGCUAUUUGAUGUUCAUGGAUGCGUGUAGAGGCAGACUUUCCCGAAUGGCCACAAUAUGCAGCAUCACGGGCAUUCACAAAUACGUUGUACCAACAUUUUAUAAAAUUGCCCACUUCCCGUUGCAACUGCCAUUGCAUGUUUCUCGUCCUCACCACCUCCUUUCUCUGCCAUUCUAGAAAUCUCUCAAGGAAAAGUCUUUCAUUUUUGAGGUAAGCAACUAGUUUCAGCUACCUUCCACCUAUCGUCUUCACCCAUUUCAAUGCCUUCGGAAAAGGCGAAGGAAGCGCCGGGUUCUUCUAGACUGUCCAUCUGUAGCAUUUUCUUGGUUUUUCGUUUUCCGCUACCCAGCUCUUGUCUAAUUCUACAAACGGCAUGGACGUCGACAAAUGGGACUACAUCCUGCGGGACUCCUUUUAUCUUGGCUGGGGCCAGGGCUGCAGUACGCUGGAACUCGAACGUUUCCUCUGGUUCUACCGUCUCGUCUUCCAUCCUUCAAAAGCAGCAAGCGGCUGCGGAGGGGAAGAGUCGUCUGGUUGUUGGCACAUGUCCUUCCGGGACAGUGAGAUCGAAAACGUGUUGCGUACCUUCACCCAUCGCCUUCAUCUUCAUCGUCAAGUCUACUCGCACAAGACAUCGAAAGCCAUUGGUGUGAGUCUGCAGGCAUUCCAGGUUUAUGCGCGCCCUACCCAACACUGGCUUCCUAGUUUCCACUCUUGUUCGCGAUAACGUUCUCUUGACAGGCAACAUAUUUCUAGAUUUGCAAGGUGUUGUUUUGUAGACCUCAGCCUUGAGGAAACGUAGACCAGUGUGCUGAAAACCGACUCUAUUCAGUUAACCAGACACGUAAGCCAUCAUUUUCUCGAAAAUAUGAGAACCGGUCUGCAGUUAACAUGCCGCUGAAUUCUUAAUUUAACCGCUAACAGUCUUACAAUUAUUCACCACUCUGUUUUGCUCGUCCGCUCUCCGAGUGUCGCAGCGAUCAAGAACCUGGAUCCCCAUGAGCCCGCUUCGGAACUAUGGGAAAGACUGGGGUUCGAUUUUAUCAAAUAGGUCACGUUAAGGCAGUAAUCCAUAGACAGAGCAAACAGUUUCAAGCUUCGGUACUUCGUCAGGUUCGCGCCUAAAGACUAUUUGGAACUGUGCAUAAUCGGUCCACGUACAAAAAAAUAGUUUUGGCAACAAUAGGGUAUAGGGCCCCCAAUUAACUUGAACUAACCGGUGACCGUGUUGUAUGCUAAAUGGCGGUAGAGGGGAUUUCACGGAUGGGACAACAAACAGGACGGAGAGCAAGAAGACACGGAAAAUAGAUAGAUUUCUGCCAAAAGUCUUAUCGUACGCUGUCAUUUGGCAAAGAAAGUGAACGUGAUAGUAAAAAAAAUAAACAAAAGGCAAUUAUCAAAAAAUAACAAACUUCGAAUAAAGCGCCUGUGGUAAGUUAACAUUUAGUCAAGAAGGGAAGGAAACUUUGAAGAAUAGGAGCGGUACGUAAUAAGUGAUAUUUACAGUCACACAGAAUUUAAGGGUAUAUUUUUGGAGUGACCAUCUACUUGUGGGUCUUAUACCCUAUCGUUAACAUUUCUGUGUGCACUAACUCAAUUCCCCACGACUGCCCUCCUUAACUUUACUCGCGUUUCUUUUCUCAUCCCCCAAAGUGAUCCUGUCAUCGCUUCAUUAGCGGUGAUGAUAGUGGUGGUAGUACUUAUAGUAUCGGAUAGAGUAGUUAUUUCGAUGAAGAUAACGUACUGGAAGGUGGAUUUCGACCACGGCUCAUGAUAGUACCCAUCCAUCUGUCAUUCAGACGAUGAUUUUGGACAUCCUCAACGACCUGGACUCUGUCAUGCAGCUUCGCGAGGUCACCCUGCUCGCGGCCACUUCUGACAACCUGUCGCACCUGUCUGCCUACCUCCGGCUGGAUGAUUACGCGGUAUGGACAAUGGCAAGCAAUUCCUUGUCGCUGCUUCCCGAAAUUCCCCAUCAGGGUAGUCGAGAAACCGUGUUUGCCAGGACAGCCGACCUCUGUCAGCGCAUCCAGACUCGCCAGCUCUACACAUUUAUAGGCUGUAUUUACUGUGUGUCCUCCAAGACAGAACCCCAGGUGCAACAGCAACAGCAGGAGGCUUUCCCAGGAGAGCUCGGACAUAUCCAUUUCGGAGAUACCAACUGCACCAACGUCUGUCUGGCACCCGCGUCUUUCGAUAGUAUUGCGGCGAAGUAUGCUUUCAAUACGAUGGCUUUUGAGAAGGAUGCCGAGCAAACUAUGCCCAUUCCUCGUGAGGUAGGUUUGCGAAACUUUUCUUCCUGUUUCCCCCCUCCAGCAGAAUUACAGCUCUAACUGGUCUCUUCAUACGAGGUUUGUGCUCGCUUUGUCAUUUUCCACGUAUAUUCAUGAGAGCAAACCUGACUUCGGAGAGCUUUUACAGUGCCAGAGUUUUGGAAGUCAUUCGCCAAAGGUAGCUACAGACACGCUUUAUUGGGACGAGAAAAAGAGACCGAAGUAGCCAUGAGACCCUGAAGCCCUGAUUACGCCAGCAUUGAUUGUCCGGGGCGUCACUUUUAAAAGGCGGUUCUAGUGGGACACAACGUGGUGCAGACCAACAACGUUUUUGCCAAGGAAAACUAGACCCCUUUCCAACCAAGGGUGGAGAACCGCAGUUUUGCGCAGGCAAGAUGUUACUUCUACUAUACAAGCAUUCGCUGUCCGCUCUCCAAGCCCGGGCUCGUCGGUUAGGCUUUAGUCGAGCCUCAUUCAUCGCCCCAGAGGACUUCGUUACAUUCAGGAGAACGCCACGUAAACCGUAGCAUAGUGGGUAGGCGGGCAUAGCGUACAAGCUGGAUCGUUUGUGUUAUCCAUUGAAAAACGGCACCUUGAGAAAUCUUCUUGUCUUUAGACCUCAUUUGUUUAAAACCCUCCUCACAGUAUGGAUGGGUGUUUGAAGUCUGCGUUUGCCUCACAAAACGAAAGAGGGUGCGAACCAAUCACGACGCGCGCAUCUCAUGUGUGAUCUUGCAUCGGUGCUGUGUACGUAGACGACCGCUAUCCGGAAUCUGCUGAUAAUCGACAGUUUCCGACACCCAGACGUUUCGCUAUCCCAUUCUUGAUCGUCCGCCACUCUCCCCUUUCCUGCCGGACGGCAUGGUGACCUUGGAGGAAUAGUUUUGCGGCGAUGCGAACAAAGCAUCGAUCCCUCUGGCUUGACCCGUCAUUGUAGUAGUCACCGCGCCUCCAGUCUACCCACUCGUCCAGAAUGUGGGGUACUGACGUACUGGGUGGUCUAGACAGACCGGGGGAGUGCACUUUCUACUCGAAAGAAGCGGGAGGGGGCUACACAAAGAAGGGCGGAAGCCGUGUUACUAAAACCCGGCUAGAAAGAACAUGCAUGGGUCUCAGUGGCGAAAAUACCGUUGUUAGUAUCAUUAGCUGGGUCUGCGAAGCAUUUAAAGGCAUUGUUCAGUUAUGAGAAGUUUCUGCUCAGCCGCCUAUUUGAGGUUUCAUAAAGCGAAGGAAGACCAGAAGGCAGAAAGGCUUGUCAUUUUGUACAAACGGUCGACUUGGGAUAGUCAACAAGCAUCCAAAAUAAAGAAUAAUCGCUGAGUGUUGUUUUUAUUAGUACUGCCAGAGGACGAGAACACGAUGAAAGCCAUAGUUCGGUCAAUAUAUUGAGCCGAUGCAUGAGCAGUCGGAGAAGGUAUUGCAAACUCAGAAGCAUGAGGCGCGAAACUAAUCGGUGACACUGACAACCAGUAAAUACAGAUUUUCGAUAUAAGAAGUCACAGAUCACUCUGGAAAGUAAAGCUUUCGAGGGGACCGAAGACUCCGUACCAGUAUUAUUGUAGCCCCUCAGGUCGGGGUAUAUAUAUCUCUGACGACACAAAGUACUAUAUUUUCGAAUGCUCGUCUCUAGUGGCAUUCUUUUCUGCACGUCGAUUAAACGAGUGGGGUCACGAGUGCCCGCAGUCUAGAAACUGCACGUAUUGCGGGACAAUUGUUGAAAUAUCUUGUUAUCUACCUUUGUUCACAGCAAUAAAGUGAUGACUUACGCAAGCCAUAACUCAAAACCUUAAUUGGUAUUUUUGAACGAUGGACGUUAAGGUGACGUUUAGCAUAACACUAGGACCCUUACCAAACUACCUGCAACCUUAUCCAACAUCGUAAGCAUAGUAGUGUGUUUGAUUACUGUACUACAAACUACCCUUAGAAGGGUUUUAAAAUCACACAGCUCGAAGCAUUCUCUAUAUUUUAAUGGCGCACGGAAGUCACUGGUUUAUAAAAUUACCGUCGUUGCGUCUGUCUGCCUUUCCCUAAUCCUCAUUUUGUCUUUCCUUUUCCUUCAUCGCAACUCCUACGGUCCCUCUUUGCAUUUCUCCCCCUGCUGUCUCCGUUUUUAGUUAAGGAACUUGGUGCCUUUAAGAGCUUCCAGCAACCAUACUCCGUCAUGUGGCAUAUUUUUAGGAUUUAGGUUCUCGUGAGAGGAUUUUAGAGGAGAUCUUUGCCGAAUUACCGGAGGAUUCGGUUGUCAAGCGACGAGAAGACCUUCGUCUGAUAGAAUGCAAAUUCCGCUCAAACUCUACAUCCUCAUCUCCAAUAUUUUACUUUUACAAAACCUCAGGAGAAACUUUCACCUUUAAGCAGCCCGUAAGCUCCCUUUCUGGUAUUUUUACAUUUUGUCUUGUGCAUGGUAUUUGCCACAUCUAGGGGCCUUUGACUUACAGUAGGCCUUUGCAGACUUACCGUAUCAGCUAACUUAGUAAAGUUGCUCGUGGUAAUUAGAUUUUCAAGGUGGUUCGAGCAGGCUGCGUGUUCUUUGCCUUGAUGGGCCCUACAAACUGCACAUUUUCCAGUUUUUCGAACAGAUUUCAACCGACAAUUAAAAUACCUGUUACAUGGACGCCACUAAGGUCUUCUGUUGAAAAGUGUACGCACCUUCGGCGUAGGGGGAACGAGCUUUAGCGAUCAUUGUUGAGGACGGGGAUGCCAUUGAAGGCCUGGAAGUAGGUAGGAGAGCCUAUCAAUUCCAGCUUCGCCUUAGGGUCCUGGCUCUCUAAUCAGUCACCCAAUUACACUGAUCCUUGUUUAAUAGCAAGGUCUGGCAUCACAUUCGUCACUUCUACUGCCACACCUUAUUGUGGCAAGACCCUGCUAGAGUUUAUUUCUGUCCCGAAUUAUUUUCCUUAUCUGUCUGAUACUUAUAAUUGCAAACAGUAUUUAUUUGAGAGACCCGCCUGUCAUCCAUCCACUUGUGGAACCGGUUUAAAGUACAGUAGGUAUGCUAUCUCGUGGGAUGUUGACGGAAAUUCUGAAAUGUGCUUCCAAUUCAAAAAGAUUACUUAAGUUGGGUUUUCGUGCUAAUUGUCACGUCGCAUGAUGUUAAGAUAUUACAGUCACGUUAGGAUACCGGCUUUUGAUCGAGUUCCUUUUCGGCCGCAUACGCAAACUAUAUUUUUCAGGAAAUUACCACUUAAGCAGCACAAAUUAUUUACGUUAAUUUUGACACAUAAAUUCAAAUAUAUUUUAUAGAAAACACGCACAAAAUAUUCUUUACCUGACUCAUUUGCUUGAAAAUUACGUCCUCUUCAAAUUUUAUACUUGAAUAAAGAGUAUCUUUUGAUUUAAAAAACUUUCUCGAUUCGAAAAUAGUUGUGAACCCGACCCGUCGUUACACUUGCGUCCGAGGUUUUGAAACUGUAAGCUGUAUACUUUCUGUACAAGGAAAAUCAUGCAUAUCUGCAUACUAUUGAGAAAGGAACAUGGGGCUCAUAAAGUUUUGUAGUGAAUGUAGACCACGUUGUCCACUUUCUAAACAGCAUCCAUAAAUAUGCGGAUGCGAUGCUGUACUAUCGGACACUUCGUGGUCGGGAAAAAUCCCGCAAUUAGGGACUUUUAAAACCGAAUAAUACUCUUUCUUCAAGCAUGAACUUUGAAAAAGACGUAAUUUGCUACCAAAUUAUUCGAUGGAAAAAUAUUUUCGUGCAUGCCGUUUAUAAAUUUUAGGAACAUUGAAAAUCAAUGGGAAAAAUUUAUACUACUCGAGCGCAGGUGGUCGAUAAGGAGCUCGCUCGAAAACGAUAUGCUGACGUGACUGGAAUUUUUUAGCAUUAUGUGAUACGAUAAUUAACAUGAACCUUACUUAAGUAGUCUUUUCGAAUUGAAAACACAUUACAGAAUUUCGGUUAACAUUUCUUGAGAUAGCACAUCUACUGUACACGCUUUCUAGCUGCCACCCGACACAAACUUUUAGUCGACUAGGUUACCUAGGUCAGAUGGUGGCGCUUCAUCCAUCGAGGUGUCCAACACCACCUUGAGAAUAGUAGUGGUCUGCAGGUGACUUGGACCAUGUAUGGCGAGUCAAAAGUCCUAAAUUUUUGCUUCUGCUCUAUAGUAAAAUUCAGUGCAAAUGGGUGGAGAAAUGUGCGUUACGAUUGAAAAGCCAAAUCUCACAAACGGCGUCAAUUUCCUGCUUCGCACAAAAAUGGUCUUCGGUAAUUUAGGGUCCGUCCACUUCUCCCGCAUCAUCCCACAACUUUAGGAGGUGCCGUUUUUCCUUGUCGAAUCGCCCUAAAAUUAGUGAAGCCAUUUAAACAAAAAAUAUGCUUUAUCUGACAUUAUUAGUCUGUUUAUAAAGUUGGAAUUUGCCCUUUCUAAUUACUGAAAUCUGACUGCGGUGUGAUCUCUGAAUUCCAACGAAUUAACUCUUAUUGCGUGACUAGUCCUUGUUCUUUUCAGCUCACCUCAGUCAUUAGCUUCAAACUAUACUGGACCGGUGGGGAGGAUUUAAAGGCCAGGAGUCCUGGAAAACCGCCUUGCCUGCUGAAGGCUUUCCAGCGUUGGCGGGACGCAAAACUGACUGCCUAUACCAAGAUGGCAGAUUCUGUCUGA